AAAGUCACAAUUUCCAUAUAAAGGACUGAAAGAAACAAUUGGUCCAUGUUCUUUUCCGCCAAUCGGAACAAUUUUACUCAGUUGUCCGCACGCGCCACCGGUAUUCCCGGCGGCUGCCUACGUUAUGGCGGAGAUAAGCUACUCCUCGCCCAGCGUCGGUGACCUCUCCUCCUACUCCGCAACCGCGCCGCGACCUGUCAAAAUUAUCCAGUUACAGCAUCCGACCACGUCCACCACCAGCACACCGCCGCAGUCGUCGUCGUCAUUUUUGGGGAAAUGGAGGGGGAAGAUGAAGAGGAUGACUUGGGCGGAGUGGAUUGAAUUGUUCCUACCAUGCUACCGCUGGAUUCGCACCUACAAAUGGCGAGAGUAUCUGCAGCCAGACCUCAUGUCUGGCAUCACCGUCGGCGUCAUGCUCGUCCCACAGUCUAUGUCGUACGCAAAGCUAGCUGGACUUCACCCAAUAUAUGGACUUUACUCCGGUUUCGUACCUAUAUUUGUGUAUGCUGUUUUCGGGUCGUCUCGCCAGCUUGCUAUUGGGCCUGUUGCACUGACGUCCCUUCUGGUGUCUAAUGUACUGGGAAGCAUUGUUGACUCAUCAGAAGCACUAUACACCGAGCUUGCGAUACUAUUGGCACUUAUGGUCGGUGUUUUCGAAUGCAUUAUGGGGCUUUUAAGGCUUGGAUGGCUUAUUCGAUUCAUCAGCCAUUCUGUGAUUUCUGGUUUUACUACUGCUUCAGCCAUUGUGAUUGCGUUGUCUCAGGCAAAGUAUUUCUUGGGCUAUGAGAUAGAACGUAGCAGCAAAAUUAUUCCACUGGCCAAGAGCAUUAUUCUAGGAGCGGAUAAGUUCUUAUGGCAACCUUUCGUCAUGGGCUCUAUCAUAUUAACUAUCCUUCUGACCAUGAAGCAUUUGGGAAAUUCUAGGAAAUCUCUGCGGUUUUUACGAGCAUCUGGUCCCCUUACAGCUGUAGUUCUGGGUACAACCUUUGCGAAAGUGUAUCAUCCAUCUUCAAUUUCGUUGGUUGGUGAAAUACCUCAAGGGCUGCCAAAGUUUUCCGUCCCAAAGGAAUUUGGGUAUGUACAGUCUUUGAUUCCUACAACAGUUCUCAUUACUGGGGUGGCAAUUUUGGAAUCUGUGGGGAUUGCCAAAGCACUUGCAGCGAAGAAUGGAUAUGAGUUGGAUUCCAAUCAAGAGUUAUUUGGCCUUGGCGUGGCAAAUAUUGUUGGCUCUUUCUUUUCAGUCUACCCUACAACUGGAUCGUUUUCUAGGUCAGCCGUGAAUCAUGAAAGUGGAGCCAAAACUGGUUUAUCUGGAAUAGUUAUGGGAAUUAUUAUGGGAUGUGCACUUCAAUUCCUGACCCCAUUGUUUGAGUAUAUACCCCAGUGUGCUCUGGCAGCCAUUGUAAUUUCUGCUGUUAUUGGACUGGUGGAUUAUGAUGAGGCUACUUUCUUGUGGCAUGUGGAUAAGAGAGACUUUCUCCUCUGGACCAUUACCUGCACUGUUACCUUGUUCCUUGGCAUUGAGAUUGGUGUCCUUGUUGGUGUUGGUGUUUCACUUGCUUUUGUCAUCCAUGAAUCAGCGAAUCCACAUAUUGCUAUCUUGGGACGGCUGCCUGGCACUACUGUAUAUAGAAACAUCCAGCAGUAUCCAGAAGCAUAUACAUACAAUGGAAUAGUGAUUGUUCGGAUUGAUGCACCAAUCUAUUUUGCCAAUAUAAGUUACAUCAAGGACAGGCUCCGAGAAUAUGAAAUUGAAUCUGAUGGAUCUAGACGACGUGGCCCUGAAGUCACAAGAGUUCAUUUUGUAAUAAUCGAGAUGGCUCCCACCACUUACAUAGACUCUAGCGCCGUUCAAGCUUUCAAAGACUUGCAUCAGGAAUACAAAUCAAGGAACAUUCAGAUUGCUAUUUCCAAUCCAAAUGGGGAUGUCCUGCUGACCCUAACAAGAUCUGGGGUGGUCAAUCUAAUAGGCAGAGAAUGGUAUUUUGUUCGAGUACAUGAUGCUGUCCAAGUUUGUCUGCAACAUGUUCAGAGAUUAAACGAGUCCCCUAGGACCCAGUCGUCGUUGCUGGAAAAUAAAUCAAGCCUUUUCCAGAGAGUACUGAGACAGAGACAAGAGGAAGUGUCUCUCUCUCAGUUGGAGUCAGGUAACAGGGAAAUUGAUACCAGUCAUCUGGAGCCCCUAUUGUCAAAGAAGGCCUGAAGAACUCAUUCUUGUGCUCUUUGUAUUAUCAAGUUUGGCUAUGGCUAUGUAUGUAUAAUUGUGUAUCCAUUGUUUGAAUUCACUGAUUAUGAUGUAUGUUGCUGUAAUUGUAUUCAUAUUGAUUGUAGUACGGAUGGGCUGAUCUGUUUCAACCAUCCAAGUGUUCAUAUGGUACUUCCGUUUUUGUUCUAUAAUGGUGCUUUCUGGUAAAACAGAUGUGGAAUAAUAAUUCUAUUGUUCUUUUGGAUCUCA